AUGGUCUUGAAUCUGAUUGUUGGAGGCCUUGGCACAGGCAUGUUGAGCCUUCCUUGGGCGAUGGCGGGCGCCUCUGUCGCUGUGGGCUCUCUGAUCAUUGUGCUUGUGAUCGCUGUGAACGUCUGGACCAUUAUGAUCCUCGUGCAUGCGGCCGAAAGGCACCAGGUCUUCGACCUCGGGGCUUUGCUGGGCAAGCUGCCAGGCAGUCUUGGGCCUGGCAUGCAGAUGUUCACCAACCUUAUGGUGUGGAUCGUGCUGUUUGGGAGCUUGAUCAGCUACAUUAUCGGCAUUUGCGACUCUGCGCAGUCCUUUGUCCAGGGCACCUUCCUAGGCUCACAGCGAUGGGCCCUGGCAGGCUUGGCCUCUCUUUUGGUGCUCCCGCUUUGCUUUUUGGACCAGAGAUAUUUGUCCUUUUCUUCUGGUGCUGCCAUCCUUGUGAACGUGUAUUUGAUGGGCCUCGUGGUCUUGGAGUUUGUUCAGAAGGCCCAGUCGCAUGAGCUGCCCGAAGGCACUUGCGACCUGGGCUUCGCCAAGGGCUCGGUCACCAUGAUUAGCACCAUGAUGCAGAGCGUGAUCAUCCAGAUGUGCGUGCUCCCCAUGUACAAGGAGCUGGAGAACCGAUCUCCGGCAAAGUUCUCGAGGGUGCUGGCGGUGGCUUUCUCUGCCCUGGCGCUGAUCUUCAUCGUCCUGUCCGCCGCUGGGUACUAUGCCUUUGGCCCCAAGGUGCAGUCCAACGUCUUGCUGUCCUUGCCACACAAUGUUGCCAUGGACGUGGUGCAAGCUGGCAUGAUCCUUGUGCUGGCGGCCGUGUACCCUGUGAUGAUGAUUGCGAUGACGGCGCCUCUGAAGAACCUCCCGCUGGAGCGCUUCGGCGCUGGGCCUGUCGCGGUGCGAAGGAAGUUCCUGGCAGUGGCUGCGCUGACUCUCUUUUUCGUGGGGGCCUCCUUUGUUACGGCUUUGUUCGUGACAUCUUUGGGAUUGGUAAACGUCAUAGAUGGAGCAUUGUGCGUUGGUGUCUUUACUGCCCUCGCACCGGCCCUGGUCGGCCUCAAACUGCUGGAUCGACGCACGCUGCGGUGGAGACUUGCUAUGGGGUUGCUGCUCUUUUGCGGCAUGGUGGCCAGUGCCCUUGGCUUUGCCAUGGCCUCGGUUGUCGUGCAGCCUUCAGUGAAAGAUUGGAUCAAGUCCAACGAGACCUACUUGGGCGAGGAGGGCGCCAAGCAGCUCGACAUGUUUGGAGCUGCGGACCAGUGGCGGAUCAUCUCUGAGGGCCCUGCCAGUGAGAGCAUGGAUCCGGUGCACAUUAUUCAGACACGUGCCAAGAGGAGCCGAGAGCUGGCGAACACCGUCUCGGUGAUGUUUGCGCAGCGGAGAGAGAUGGCCAAUGAGAAGGCGGAAGCCAAGGCUGCUCCAAAGCGUUUGUUCAAGCCGGAGCUUGCGGACACAGUGCAGGCCUUCUUCACGCGGGUCGUGGGCUGUGAGGUGCCUGCCAGUCAGAGGCGAACUGGCGGCUUUGGUGUGCAACAUCAGCUGGAGGAGGAUAGGUCCAAGCUCGUGGGCAAGGUCAAAGGAGUUGAUGGCGUUGUGGAGGUUCUGAAGAACAAGUACGAGUGUUUGAAGGGCGAGCGCUACCGUGUCAUCGGCGAGCGCGGCGGCCCCGCGGGCAUGUGGCGAUUGGAGGGUGGCAAGACCAUACCCAAGACACACGUCAAGGAGGGGGGCUGGAAAUGGGUCCUGGAAGAGCCAGAGCCGGAGGCCAAGCUGGCGAAGCCGCCGCCCGUGGCCACGGCUCCGGUGGAGACCUUUGUGCCGAAGGAGCUGAGGCAGGAAGGGCACGAGAAACCACAAGACAAGGCGCCAAUGCCAGAGGAGAAGAAGAAGCAAAACAAGAAGAAGUCUGAGUCAGAGUCCGAGGAGUCCUCCGAAGAUUCAGCGUCUGAGGAGCGAAGCGAAAGUCCCAAGAAGAAAAAGGUGCUGGUGAAAAGGAAGGUGAAAACGGUGGUAGUGAAGAAGGUGGUGAGCGGCGAUGAUGCAAAGGCAAAGCGCAAAAAGCGCGUAGUCAGCAAGCAUCAAGCCGAGAGCGAAAGCGACCAAGAGGCUCCAAAGAAACGAAGGGCCAGAGGUCGAGCAGCCGCGGACAGUCGGGAUGAUUCUCGAGAACCUCCAGCAAAAAGCAAAGGCAGGGGCUCCAAGCGGAGAUCCCAACAGGACAGCAGAGAUGGCGAUAGCCGCAUGUCAGAAGACAGCCGGAGAGGUGAACCGAUGUCACGAUCGAAACGACGAAGAUGA